AUGGCUAGAGUGAAACAAGAACAUGCGUCUCCGCCACCAGAGAAACAAAAGGCAUACACCAUCAAGUACAAGCGACCCCGGGGCUCCCGAGCUUGCACCGUCUGUCGGGCCCGUAAAGUUCGCUGUGAUGCCGAGAUACAUAUCCCGUGCACCAAUUGCAUAACCUUCGGGUGCACAUGUGUUCUUCCGGAGAUGAAAAAACGCGGUUCGGGCAACGACAAGUCCAAACGCCAGGCUUCGAGCAAAGAAACUGCCCCGAGCGGCAAGGGCAACGAGAACGCUGCCGACAUGUACUCGGGUAACGAAAACACGCCGCCUCCUGCCCAUGGAACUUCUGCUGCUUCCGCAACACCGGCGGCCGCUUUUGAGCCCAUCCACAAUAUCUCACAAGUUAGCGUGCCUCCGUCGCUCACGCUGAACUACAAAAACAGGCCGUCGAUGCACAAACGUGAACUAAUUGCAAGCAAGGCCAAGUCCUCCCUCACGUUCAUUGGAAAUCUGAGUAUUAGUCUCAUGGCCCAGCCGGUGGGCCAAAAUCACGUGGAACUCCCGCAGGACUUGUUUGAAGUUUCCGAUAACCUGUCCCUCGACUUGGUGGAAUUGGAGAUUUUAAAGUUGCGGGGCGCCUUUUUGUUGCCACUGCAAGAGUUGGCGCGGGAUUUGGUUGAGCUGUACUUUGAGCAUGUGCAUCCGUUGAUGCCUGUGAUCAACCGCACAGAGUUCAUGGCCAAAUUUAACGACCCUGACGACAGCCCAUCGCUCAUGCUUUUGCAGGCCGUGCUUCUUUGUGGCCUGCGUGUUUCGACGAAUCCCCUUUUGUAUGAUAACAAGGGCCUGAGCAAUUUGGCGUCGCUUACAUUUUUCCGCCGUGCAAAGGCUUUAUACGAGACGAAUUACGAAAGUGAUCCGGUGCUGAUUGUUCAAACAGUGAUUUUAAUUGGCUCCUACUGGGAGGGUCCGGAGGAUGUGACUCGAAACUCCUUUUAUUGGACUCGUGUGGGUGUGGGCUUGGCCCAAGGUUUUGGCUUUCACCGCGACACCUCAGGCUCUCCAAACUUAUCAGCAGUAGAGAAGAAAAUAUGGCGCCGAAUCUGGUGGUGUCUUUUUGAAAAGGAUCGCAACGUGGCUAUCGCUUUUGGGCGCCCACCUACCAUCGACUUGGCGGAUUGUGAUGUGCGCAUGCUAACUAUCGACGACUUCGACGAAAAUGAUCCCCAAGAAGGUGUGGUAUCACCUUACCCAGUCAACAAAACUCAUGCUCUUUAUUUCAUUCACUUGGUCAAAUUGGCCGAGAUCACUGGUAUUAUAAUAAAGUACCAGUAUACAGUCAAAUCCGAGCUGAUGAAGAAGACGAAUAAGUUUUCAGUUAUUCAGCGCUGUGACAUGUUGAUGGGAAUCUGGUUCACAAACUUGCCACCCGAGCUCCAGUUUUCUUUGACAAACACGUCAAAGCAAAAUUUUUACGCCUGUCUUCUCAAUGCCCAGUACUACAACCGGCUCUACUUGAUCCAUCGCGCUAACUUGUUAAAAAUGGCACGCUCUUCGUCGACAAACCCAAAUAAUUAUAAGUAUCCAUCUUGGGGAAUCUCGUUUCAGGCCGCCCGCAUGAUUUCAAUUGUGUCCAAGAUUAUCCUCGACAAAGGCAUGAUCAAAGAUUGCCCCGUCAUGUUUGUCUACAUUUUGUUCAGUGCGUUGAUUAUGUUGAUUUACCACAUUGACUCUCCAAAUAAUGUCAUUGCGCUGGCUGCAUCAGAUUCACUCUUUAUCACUCGUGCAGUUUUGAAGGAACUUGGAAAAUAUUGGCCAAUUGUAUCAGUUCUCCUCAAGCUUUUUGACAAGCAUGCUAACGACAAGAUCAAGCGUGCCAAAGUUAUUGAAAGAGGCACUCGCAUGCAAGAACGCAGCAAUUCACACUCUGAAACCGGUGUUGGAGAAAAGGCAAGCCAGAUGCACGAGGAAGAUACUCCGAAUCUGGCAUCAUCGGCUAUUUCACCUAAGACAUCUUACAAUAAAGCUAUGUCUCAUAAUCUAGAUGAGAAUGACACUGAUUUUCAACACAACGAUAGUGAACAGCCGAACUUUGAACAACUCGUCUCUCAGUACAAAGAAAAGCCCGACAAUGGUCAGGCAAACAAGCGGCACAGCCAUUCACAGCAGCCAAAUAUACAGAACCGCGAGACUACUCCAUCAUCUCAAACAUCUUUCCCAGAUAUCCUGCUUGUCACGGAGCAGUUUUCGCUUAAUAAUAACUUUGUGGAGAAUUUCGAACCAACCCAAUUGUUUCCUGACGGUGGAGUCAGCUAUCCUCCAUCAAGGGCAUCUCUGCCUUUACAAAGACUAAAUAUGUCGAAAGAGACUACCGAAAUGGCUGAUAACCCUUCGCCGUUUCCGUCCGUUCAAUAUCGGCCAGGACCAGCCUCAGGCUUGGAUGUCAGUGAUCCUUACACUAAUUUCAUGGAUAGUGCGUUCAUCAAUAUGAACUUGCAGGCGACGGCCGAUGAAGACAACUACUUGAAGGAUGAUUUGGCAUCCUUUAUAAGUAUGUCCUAG